AUGUGUUUACCCCCCAUAUCCCGUGGCGCACCCGGGAAAUCGCCCCCAUCGUCAUCAUCGUCCACGUCUUCGACCUCCACCGGGCCCACAAAACGUCGUAGGCGUGGCGAGGAUGAAGUUGCGACUCGGGUAGCAGCUGCUACAAGCUCAGGUUCGACGGGAAAACAUCUAAGGUCUUCAGCGCCAGUCCGAAGAGGGAAGGAUGGUGGUGUUGAUGGCGGCCCGAGCAGGAGAACGUCAACGAGAGGGCGGGAGCGGGGCGGGAGGGAUAGAGAUAGGGACACAUCAAGACUAGCACCGCCCCGGGCCCGAGAGGCAAUGGAGAGCCCCCUUCCAUCACCGGCCUUCUCGGAGAAGAGAAGUUCAUCGAAGCGACACCACCACUCUUCAGCAUCAGCAUCAACAUCAACAAGGAGGAGAAGGUCGGAAUCACAAACCUCGACACCAAGGACGCCGGCAACAGCAACUUUCCAGAAGGAGAGAAAGUCAAGAAAGAAGCCCGCAGAUAUGAUUGAGAAAGAGCAGAUCAUCACUAUGCAAGCGCCGCUGCGGGGUGGCGGAACCAUUUCUGGGCUAGUAGUGAUUCGACCCGGGAGUAGCGGUGAGAGCGGGAGAAGCAGGACAAGCAAGAGCUCAUCCAGGGAGAGGUCCAGUGAGAGCAGCAAUACUAGCAAGGCAACUACGCUGGUGGCUAGCGGGGCUGGAACAGUUGGACUAGGAAUCUCACUAGAGAGCUCAAGACCCCCAACGCCGACUUCGAAGGGAAAGGUGGAGAGAUUAAUGGAGAUUGAACAGGUUGAGCAGAAAGUUGCCCAAGUUACUGUGCCAAUUCCAAAAAUUGAGGUGGAGGAGGUAAAAGAGGCCGCCAACGAACCUGUGAAGCUUAUGAGGGUGAUUCCACCUCCAGCUCCAGCCCCGGCCCCUCCGGCCUCGAUACCCCAAUCGAAAGCUGCCCCCCCCCUUCCAGCCUCGAUACCCCAAUCGAAAGCUGCUCCUCCAGUAGAAACAUACCCCAUAAUGGCAACCCUUGUAUACCCCACGAAAGAAUCGUUGGCCUACCAGCCAAUAUCAAGAUACCAAGUAACAUCUAAGAUAACAUCGACAAUUCCUAAUCCUCCUGCUGUGCGGGCUAUACCUUUGAUAAUAGAUCCGGCAAACGUCCGUCUUCCACCGUCAAUGCUGAAAUAUCAAAACACCUCACCUUCUUCCUCUGUCCACGAAAUUCCUCUGCGCGGCGGCGGAACACCCGCAUUAUCAAUAUCACAGCAGUCUUCAUUAUCAUCGCUAGUAUCUACGUCAACUUCCUCCUCGGCAGCAUCUGCAUCAUCAUCAGUAAAAGAGCCCCCAUCAAAAGAACCGCAUAUACAGUACCUUAAUUCUACCGCAUCCUCAUCAACCUCUUCCCUCGUCUCCGCUUCAUCCACACAAUCUUUUCAAUCAGCUAGACCCCUUACUCCGCAGCAGAAGGUGAAUUAUUACCGCUAUGCUGCAGUUGCACCUACUCCUGCCCAUCGACCGUUGCAGGCGAUUAUGGACUCCCCGCGCCUACCACGUGCAGGACCUUGGGACGGCAUGCCAGGUGCAGACCCAAACCUAGGUGCCUACUACCGUAACGCUGCUGUAGCUGCCGGGAAACCCAAACCAACACAGCCAGCAGCACAAAAGGAGGAACAAGUUGAUCUGAAAACCCUUGCUGCGUGCUACGCAAACGCGAAACAAAAAACAGCACUUGAAAGGGUCAAGUAUGAGCGGAGUGACGAGUCCGAAACUGAAGCCUCGGAUGAAAGCGCCAGUGAAAUCAGUGCUAUUUCCUCGCAGCACUCGUACUACCGUACACGUACCACCACCAUAACAGCCCCAGAACCAGAUAACACACUAGCACUUUCACCGACAAAGAGGGAACACACCACCACAAUUGCUGGGCACAAGGUCUUCAUCAGCACGCUCCGCCGCUCCGCACCACAGGUUUUCCAUACCGCACGACCACCACCCGCACCUACGCCACCACCGGGGGGUGGGGCAGCCUCUGCUAUUGGUGAAGAGGAUGAAGAGGGACCACCAGAGGGUUCCGCCGAGAAUUGGUUUAGGGGCAUGAAGGAGCAGAUGGGGAAGGAUACGGGUGUAAAGGAGGGAUGGGCCGAUGAGGAGGAUGAAGUGGUCGUCCCAGAAGGUAUACCGCCGCCCGCCCCGACACCGCCUUUGGUGAGGGAGGAGGAGGAGAUACACCUAGAUAAUGGAUAUUACGGGAGUCCUAGGAUGCCAUAUGGGUAUCAGAUGUAG